AUGGAAUUUGGAAGUCGUUCAGUCAUUCGACGCACUAACAAAAAACAGGAAACUUCUAACGUUUUACAAGAUUCAAGUAACAUCCAACAUGUAACAAUUGUAGUAGACGAAACUGAUAAUUACAAUUUGAGUUUUUAUAACCUGCCACCUUCUGAAGUUAUAACUGUUGAAGAAUUUCAAAAAUUGGGAAUGGAGAGAAUGAAUGUGUUACGAGAAUUGGAGUCGUUAAAAGAAAAAUAUGCAGCAGAUCCCAGGAAAUAUAUGGAACAAUUUAUUGAGGAAAUAGGCCGAAUUGAGCCAUUUUUCACCAAUGGAUUGCUUUCUAGCCAACUCCGUGAAGCACGUCGAAAAGAUAGAAUAGCUCAUUUUAUAUUACGCCUUGCAUUUUGCCAAUCUCAAGAAAUGUCUCAAUGGUUUGUUAAACAGGAAACUGAAUUAUUUCGAAUGAGAUUUCAAUUGGAAGCACCAAGUAAAAUGCUACAAUUUCUAAAAGCAAACAAUAUAAAUCCACAAGAGGUCUGGUUAUUUUAA